AUGGAUAAUUAUCAUAAUGAAAUUAUUACUACUUCUACAAAUACUACUAAUACUACUAAUAAUAUGAAACAAUAUUGGACAAAUCAAACACAACAGCAACAACAACAACAACAACAAUUAACUACACAUAAUAUGAAUCAAUCAUUCAUUACACCUAUACAACAAUCUAUUAACUUGACAACACAUAAAUUAAUAUCUAAAUUACCUUUAACUAAUUUUAAUAUGGAAUCAAAUAAUGAAUCAUUUAAUUUGAAUGAAAAAUAUUUCAAUUCUGAAAUAAUUGAUUCUAAUACAGUACAAUUAUGUAAUGCUUCAAACUAUACCCUUAAUCAUCAUCAAUGUAUACCGAUGGAUUACAAUACAUGUAAUAAUAGUAGUAAUCUUAAUGAUAAUGAUUAUGAUAGUAAUAAUAGAUAUCCCAAUGCAAAUCUAUUGAAAUCUCUUCAUAAUGAUAUGAAACAUAAUCAUAAUAUUAUAUUACCAUUCAAUACAAACUUAAUACAAUCAAAUAUCUUAAUGAAUAAUAAUAAUAGAAAUUAUGAUAAUUCUAAUGAAUUCCUAUAUGAUUUAGAUAAUGAAUCAUCAAAUGGUUCAAGUAUUUCAUUAAAUAGUAAUGAUACUACUACUAAUACUACUACUAAUAUACAUAAUAGAAUAAGAUCAUUAUCAUCAAUAAGAUCAAAUAAUAAAUUAUUAUAUCGAUCAAAUCGUAUUAAAAUUAUGAAUAUAAGAAAAACUGGACAUUUUAAGAAUCAUAAUUUACAUUCAUUUCAAAGACAAGCAGCGAAUAUGCGUGAACGUAGACGAAUGCAAUCAAUUAAUAAAGCAUUUGAAGGUUUAAGAUCCCAUAUACCAACAUUACCCUAUGAGAAACGUUUAUCUAAAGUAGAUACACUUAGAUUAGCAAUUGGUUAUAUACAUUUCUUACAAGAAAUUAUUCAAUCUCAUUCAAAAGAUGAAAUAACUUGA